AGUCACAUUUCGGCCGCUGCUCUGAGAAGUUGCUAGGAGCAGUUCCUGAUAGACUGUUACUUCUCUGCAACUGGAGACAUGAUCAUCUUAAUUUAUUUAUUUGUCUUGCUGUGGGAAGAUGCUGAAGGAUGGGGAUUCAGGAAUGGAAUUUUUCAUAACUCCAUAUGGCUUGAACAAGCAGCAGGCGUGUACCACAGAGAAGCGCGGUCUGGCAAAUAUAAGCUCACCUACACUGAAGCUAAGGCGGUGUGUGAAUUUGAAGGUGGCCGUCUUGCGACCUACAAGCAAGUAGAGGCAGCCAGAAAAAUUGGAUUUCACAUCUGUGCUGCUGGAUGGAUGGCCAAGGGCAGAGUUGGAUACCCCAUUGUGAAGCCAGGGCCCAACUGUGGAUUUGGAAAAACUGGUAUUAUUGAUUAUGGAGUCCGUCUCAAUAGGAGUGAAAGAUGGGACGCCUAUUGCUACAAUCCACAUGCAAAGGAGUGUGGUGGUGUCUUCACAGAUCCCAAGCGUAUUUUUAAAUCUCCAGGCUUUCCAAAGGAGUAUGAGGAUAAUCAGAUCUGCUACUGGCACAUUAGACUCAAGUAUGGUCAGCGUAUUCACCUAAGUUUUUUGAACUUUGACCUUGAAGAUGAUCCAGGUUGCUUGGCAGACUAUGUUGAAAUAUAUGACAGUUAUGAUGAUGUCCAUGGCUUCGUAGGAAGAUACUGUGGAGAUGUGCUUCCAGAUGACAUCAUUAGUACAGGAAAUGUCAUGACCUUGAAGUUUCUAAGUGAUGCUUCAGUGACAGCCGGAGGUUUCCAAAUCAAAUAUGUGACAAUAGAUCCUGUUUCCAAAUCCAGUCCAGGAAAAAAUACAAGUACUACUUCCACUGGAAAUAAAAACUUUUUAGCUGGAAGAUUUAGCCACAUAUAAGAAAAGAAGGAUGGAACUCCUUUGAUCUCAACUUUAUAUUAUUAUUGUUAACAUUUAUUUAUUACUUUUUGAAAUGUGAAAGCAUUGCCUAAUUUCAGACAAAUUGGAAAAUACAGAAAACUUUAAAUGAGAAAGUAAAAUCUGUCAUAAUCUCACUACAUACAAAUAACAACCAUUAACAUUUUUUCUUUUUUCUAUUUUUUUGUAGUUUUUUAUUUUAACAUUUGUAUGUAUUUUUUCUUUCAGUCACUUUUCUAUUUGUAGUGUGUGUGUGUGUAUGCAUUUACAUUUGAAAUUUUGAAAUUCCACUCUGUGUACAGUUUUAUUUCAUAGUUUUGUUAAACUUGAGCUUUAUGGUUUAAGCAUUUUUCUGAAAUCGUUACGUAUUCUACAAAAUCAUGAUUUUGAACAGCUGUAAAAUAUUCUAUGAUGUGAUUGUUCAAUGUGUUAUUUAAGCCUGUCUCUAACGUUGGAAUGUCAGAUUGUUUUCAUAAGUAUUGU